UAGAGACCGUUGCUUGGUUCCUUUCAGUCAGUGUCCAAACCUCGCUGCCGUGCCGUACACGCCACGUCAUGGCCUGGCCCAGUGUGUCGUCUCCCUCGUCGCCCACCGUACCGCAACAGCGCUGAUUUGGACGAUGCACAUCGACCAAACAGCGACGUCGCCGACAGUGGGUCGUCAGAGAGAACAAACCCGAGCAUUGAUUGCACUUGACCAGCAGCACUUGUCUUGUCUGUCGCUCCCGCUCGUUGAUUGAGUGAUUGAUUCGCUUCGGCCGCACUCACUGAGUAUCUGUCCAUCCUACCUCAGCAUGCAGCUAGACACUCUAUCCACGUGUCUGUCUGCAUUCUUCCUCAUCUUAUUCCUCCUCCAGCUGUUGCUGCUGCUGCAUGAUCCUGCGUCUCUUGGCCUGGCGCACCCACCGCCCCAUGCGCACCAGCUUGCGGUAGUUGGGCAUCGGCAGUGUGAGGCGCGGCCGUUUCCUGACACACACACAGAACAACACACAGAGACACACACAGAGACACACACACACAGACGUCCGUCCAUCCAUCCAUCCGUCCGUCCACACGACACAGCACAAGACAACACACACACACGAGUGCCUCCCUGGCUGGCUGUGUGGCUGGCUGACCGGUCAGUUCUUGUCGAUCGAGCAGUGUGUGGCUGCUGUGCGGUCGUCUGUGGCGCCUCGUUGGGGUUGUCGGUGCUCCUGCGGGGGUUGGAGAGAUAGUAGCGGGAGUUGCCGCGCUUGACGAGGAAGUCCGCACAGACCAACUCACCCAAAUACUCUGGGGACCAACCAAGACAGACAGAGAGACAGACAGACAGACACAGAGAGAGAGAAAGAGGGAUGUGUGUGAGUGGUGUGGGGUGUGCGUGUGUGCAGUUGCGGACCGUCAACGCACAGGAAGGCCUUCAACAGAUUCUUCUUGACUGCACUCACACACACUGUGUCUGUGUCUGGCUGUCUGUGUCUGUGUGGGCUCGCUGCACUCACCGCACUCGUUGUGUCGCUCGCAGAAGGCGCGAAUCUCACCCAACACCGACAACUGAAACAUCACGCCACACACGUGGGUAGACAAUGGACGGCUCAUCCAUCCAUCGUGUGCACCUGUUGGCCGUCGUCGUGAGCAUCGACCGGCGCCAUCGCAGCGUCGUCGUCUGAGUGACACACACACACACAUCCAAGGACACACGUGGGUGUGGUGUGCGCUAGAUCUUUCUGUGUCUCGUCUGCAUACCUGCGUGGUCAUUGGCCUCCUCGUGGUGCCCCUGCUGGUCGUUUUGGUCGUCAUGGAUGUCGUCGAGUGUCGAUGCCGUCUUGACCUCGAGUGUCAUCUGGUGGUGUUGCGUGUCGAUGCCGCCACAGGCGCACUCGAGUGGAAUCUCGUUGUAGUGAGCCGGCGGGUUCGAUGGGUCGGUGGGGAUCAAGGGCCUGAAGUGCUUCGGCUCGUACGUGGGAGACACGCGCUCGUCGAGCCUGCAGUGCAGCCAACAUGCCACGCGAGUGAGACAGACAGUGAGGCAGACAGUGAGGCGGAUGGUCAGUGGUCAUUCAGUCUGUCAAUGAUCUUUAUCCGAUCCGAUGGACGACAGCUGCUUACAUCAUUGUCAUGGUCAGGUAGCGGUCAUCUACACACACACACAUACAGAGAGAGAGAGAGGAAGGAUGAGCAUCUCAUCUUGUGUGCGUUGAUGGGCCUGGCCUGCCUGGCAGCGGGCUGAGCUCCUCUAAAGACAGACAGACACACAGACAGACAGACAGACAGAGGGGAUGUCAGUGUGUGUG